AUGAAGUUAAACUUCAGAGCCACUAAUAAUGAAGUGAAAUAUGAGGUACAAUUGGCAGGACUACAAGCAACUCGGCAUGUCGGAGUCGCCCGGGUGGUCAUUUAUUCAGAUUCUCAGCUUGUAACUCAACAAGUAGCAGGGAACUUUGAGGUUAACAGUGACAAGCUGCAGCUAUACCGGGAAGCAUAUGAGAAAAUGAAAGAGGAUUUCAAGGAAGUCACAGUGACUAAGAUUCCCCGAGCAAAUAACCAAAGGGCUGACGAACUAGCUAAAAUGGCCAGCUCUUUGACCACUUGGGGCGUCCUACCUGCUGAUCUGGAGGAAGCUAGAUUGAUCAGGAAGAGAGCGUACGAAUAUACUCUGAUUGGGGAUCAACUAUACAAGCUGGCAUUUUCCAUACCACUGCUCAAAUGCUUAGAUAUGGAGGAGGCAGAGUAUGCCUUGCAAGAAGUACAUCAGGGGUGUAGUGGUAACCACAUUGGAGGAAGGAUGCUAGCUCGAAAGGGGAAGAGUUCUGGUGGAAGAUGCUCAAGUCAGAGUAUUCGCUACAAGAAAGCACCAGAAGUAGAGCAGAGUCACAAAGGCAAGUCAGGGCAGGCGCGCCAAGAGGUCGUGUCAGAAAAAGCUGAGGCAAGGGACACGAGGUAA